AUGUGGGCAAAACUGGUAACCGCCUGCCUCGUUGGCUCCGCCGUGGCCUCUCCCUUUCGCGUCUUCGACAACACCGCCUACACAAACACCUCGAUCGGCUAUGGAACGACCAAUAUCAACUGGAUCCCCGCAUACGUCUGCAAUCCCCUGACCAAAGGAGGUCUACUGCCCAGCGAGGACUCCUGGAAGGAGAUCGUGCUGCAAUGGAACGUCUACCCGGGCUACCCCCUCGUCCUCGACUGCGAAGCCAUCUACUUCACCUCGACCUCGACGGCCGACCGCUACCUCGAGAUCAUGUCGACCCUCCAGACAUGGGCGGCAGAGGUGGUCCCCGCGGACCAGAUCAUCGGCUGGUACGGGCUCUCCGGGAACACCUUGGCCUCCCUGUACGGGCACUACCGCAGCCUCAUCGCAAACCACAGCAACCACGCAUUCUUCCCGUCGGCGUAUACCUUUACCAGCAGUCUCUCGACUUGGAAUACCAGUCUCGUCUCCGUUCUGGCCAAGAUCAAGCUGAUCGACGACACCCUGCCGGUUUGGCCGUACAUGUGGCCGCAGUACCACGGCAACUACUCGUUCUACCCGGUUGGGUUGUGGGAGGAGCAGUUGGAUGCUCUGGCGGGGAAUCCGGAUGUCGAUGGGCUCGUUAUCUGGGGAGGCAAGAAUCAUGCCGUCUGUGAUGAUGCGUGCCAGGCGGUCGCGGGCCAGCAGCCUUGGUUGAAGGCGACGCGGUCGUGGCUUGUCCAGCUGUACCAACUCUAUACUGGAGGCUCUGGUCGUGACGGAGCACAGGUGUUUUCUUAG